CAAACAGCUUCUCUUAUUCCCUUUUCUCUCUCCUUCUACUCUCCCCCUCUUUCUCAUUUUCCGGUGACAUGGAGUCCAAGUGGGGUGGCGCCCCCGCCAGCAUCAUGGCGGCGAAUUUCGACGACUUCAAGUGGAUCGCCUCCAUGUUCGAUCCCGGAAACGACGACGUCAAGCCCUUCUCCGACGCAGCUUUCCAAAACCAGGAUGCAGUAACUGCAUUUUCAACUUGUGGUGGAGUAACAGAUGAUACCCUUGUUCGUUCCCAAAACCUCACUCCCAUUCAAUCCACCAUUUCUGCAACUAUUGAUUCUCAGUCUUCCUUUUGUGGUACCGUUGGGAGCCCAGUGUCUGCUAACAAACCAAACGUGAGAGAUAAUCAAGUAAAAGGGGUCGCCACCACUACAAGUGGUUCCUCACGUGAGCCAUCUGAUGAGGAUGAUGAAGCAGGUCCUUGUGAACAAAGCACAAACGCUAUUGAUAUGAAGCGCCUUAGAAGGAAGGUUUCUAAUAGAGAGUCUGCAAGGAGGUCCAGGAGAAGAAAACAAGCCCAUUUGGCUGACCUGGAGUGGCAAGUUGAACGGCUGAGACUGGAAAAUGCAAACCUAUUUAAGCAGCUUACAGAUGCCAGCCAACAAUUUCGUGACGCUGAUACGAAUAACCGAGUCCUAAAAUCAGAUGUCGAAGCUUUGAGAGCUAAGGUGAAAUUAGCUGAGGAUAUGGUCACUCGUGGCACACUCACCCCUAUCAACAACCAGAUUCUUCAAAAUCAGAGUUCACUAAACACCCCACCUCAACUCAACACAAAUAAUCUACACCGCAUGACACAUGUUUCGCCAACCAUCACCGUCCGUGGGAAUGAUGAUGCUUCAUAUGGAGGUGGAAUUACAGUUAGUGGACAAAAUUCACCUCUUGGUGGGCUUGGAAACUUGGAUAAUAUUCCUUGCAGCGAUUUCAAUAGUGGAAUCAAUAGUAAUAAUGCUGUGAGCUCUAUGACUAGCAUGUGGCCUUAACGUUAUUCUUAUUGCACCACAUGACUUGUGUUGUAGUAGUACUGUCCGGUUAGAUCCAACUUUAUGCAUGUCUUGGUUUUAUUAGAUUUGUGGUUAUAUUGUGGAAAAUAUUAUAUAGGUAACAAAAAUGUGGUAUCUACGUGUAAGAAUCCAUCUAGAAUAUUUAGCAUGGUGUGUGUUAAAUGGUUUCUUUUUUCUUCU